AUGAGCGAAGAACAGCCUCCAGACCAAGUCAACAGCCUCCGUGAUUCACUGAGUAGAUGGAACCAAACAAGGCAGCAGAACUCUCAGGGUUUCAAUGAAUCUGCGAAGACACUGUUUUCGAGCUGGGCAGAUUCUUUGAAUACCAGGGCCCAGGACAUAUAUCAAACACUGCCCGUAAGCAGACAGGAUUUGGUGCAAGAUCAGGAGCCGUCGUGGUUCCAGUUGUCAAGAACGGAGAGAAUGGUACUGUUUGUAUGUUUUCUACUUGGGGCAACAGCCUGUUUCACUCUAUGUAUCUUUCUUUUCCCAGUUCUAGCCGCCAAGCCUAGAAAGUUUGGUUUAAUAUGGACGAUGGGGUCAUUGCUGUUUGUAUUUGCAUUUGGGGUGCUAAUGGGGCCGGUAGCGUAUCUGAAGCAUUUGACUGCUAGGGAAAGACUACCUUUUUCGCUGUUUUUUUUUGCCACUUGUUUCAUGACGAUUUACUUUGCAGCAUUUUCUAAAAACACCGUGCUGACUAUUACUUGUGCCGUUUUGGAGUUGAUAGCCGUCAUUUAUUAUGCAAUUUCAUAUUUCCCAUUCGGUGCAACGGGAUUGAGAAUGUUAAGCUCUGCCGGCGUCAAUUCCGCAAGAGGUGUUUUGAGUAUAUAA